AUGUCACACACUGCUUCUUUCACUGAGCUUCUCACUGGUGGGAUUGGGAGCACAGCAACCACAAGUCCUAAUGGAUCAUCAGUUCAUCAGAUCCAUGAUGAGGCCAAUCUAUUCAACAAGGGAAGGCAACAUUGGUCCUCAACAGUGACUCCUAGUCCUAUGGACUACUUCAGCUCAGGCCUCUUGGUUUCAUCUGCAAGAACAGCACAACACCAAUAUGCCCUUCCAUUCAGUGGAGGAGACCAGAUGCAGCAUUUCUCCUUCAUGUCUGACCAUCUUAACAUGCCAGCUAUGGUUACUUCUUCUCAGCCUCAGCCUAGCGGGGGUGACUACAACCUCAACUUCAGCAUCUCUAAUGGUUACAAUAGGGGGACCCUUCAGUCCAAUUCUCCGUCCUUUUUGCCUCACCUCCAGAGGUUUCAAACCAUAGACGGAUCAUCCAAUAUACCUUUCUUUAUAGGAGCUCCUGCUUCUGCUUCUGCUUCUCCAACCAUGGACCAUCACCAGCUUCAGUUCUCACCUGUCUUCGAUGGAACCAGACAUUCUGACCACAAGGGCAAAGGCAAGAACUAA